CACCUCUGGAAUGGGAUUCACCGACGACAUGCAAAAUUCAGGAUCUCAAAGAAGCGCAGUACGAGGAAGCUCUGCAUCUGAUAAAAAAAUGAAAGAUCUUGAUCCUUAUGCAGCAUCAUUACUUCCGUGAGGAACCAAUGUGCAAAGCGACCUUCUUAUUGCAAGAUGAGAAAUCCGUAAACGUGAGUCUAGAUUUCAUAAGGACGUGGAUGAAAGAUACCACGAGUCUAGUUGCACUCAGCCUAGCCUCGGGACGUGUCGUUGGGGUUGCUGUUGCGCGAAGUAAUAGCGAUUCGGAUAAAACUGACACGUAUAAUCGCGUGCAAAAUUUCGAGGGAGACGCUUUACGGAAAAUCAUGAGUCUGGUCAAUACUUUAAUAAAGCAGGCAAACGCGUAUAAAGAACUCGACUGCGACGUCUAUUUUCGAGUCCAUGUUCUCUGCGUUCAUCCAUCUUAUCAAGAGAGAGGUAUCGACAUAGCUCUUCUGAAAACUUGUAUUCAAGUUGCGUCCACGCUGGCCAUACCGGCCAUCGGUGGCGUUUUCACGUCGGGAUCCAGACAAGCGUUGGCGCUGAAAUUGGGGUUUCGUCUCAUCUCGGAGAUUCGAUAUAGCCGUUGGGUCGUCGACGACGAGAUCGUAUUCGACGAUCCCGGCAAGGGGAAUUACUCGGCUGCUUUUAUGGGAAUGCGAAUCGAAGAGUCGCUUCACCAGUCCGACGAUGAUGGUAGUAUCAAGUACCGUUCGUUGGUAAACUAACCCAACAACGGAUACGAAGCUUUGAACAGAGAAGUUACAUUCUCGUCAGGCAGAACAGUGACGCUUCGAUCACGUGGAAGACGCGAAUAAAUUAUCUUACGCAGAUAAAGUAUACAAUUUCUGAUUAUUUCCACUCCAAGAAAACGUUAAUUUUGCCAACAGUGCUGUGCUAAUAAAAUUUGCUUCAUAU